GCUGGGCAGGUUUCAGAGGAAAGGCUGAAGGUGCCGGACUCUCACAGAGACUCCGGCGCUUUAUUUGUUCACUCUGUAAAACAGCGGGCGAGAUUUGCCUUCUGGAGGACGAGCACGGAGAAACUACCUGCCGGCCAGCGGAGAGGAUGAGGGAAAACCUGGGCAAUGAUCCCGAGGGAGUCGUCUGAUGGGGAGGGAAACUUGACUGGAAUGUAAACACGGACCAUCGACUUCUAUCAGGAGUUUUUUUCACCAUGAUGCCACGUGAGAGCGCACUCCUGCUGACUCACCUGCUCCUGCUCCUCCUCCCUGUCACUCUGUCCCUUCUGCACCCUCCGCCUGUCCAUGUCCCCACGCUCGUCCCUCACACACCAACGGCUCUCAUCCCAUCCCGCUUCAGCGCUCAGACUCAGCUGGACUUCACCACUCACUGCAACUCCAGCUGCCUCCACAGAGAGCAGGAGGUUCACAGGGAGCAGCUCACGGAGAAACUGGCCUUUGAGACGCUGUACGCUGACGGCUCCCGCACUCUCACUACUGUAGAUGUGGAGGACGAUUCAGAGUUUGACGGAAAUCACUUUGCUCAGCUUUCACCGAGGAGACGACCGAGAGUGAAGCCCAGGCACAAACGCGUCAGGCGGCAGAUCUACGGCGCAGACGGACGUUUUAACAUCCAAGGUGACCACUUCCUGUUGGAUUACCCUUUCUCCACAGCCGUGCGGAUCUCCACUGGCUGCACCGGUGUUCUUGUGUCUCAGCAGCACGUCCUCACAGCCGCCCACUGUGUGCAUGAUGGGAAAGAUUAUGUCAAGGGGGCAAGAAAGCUCAGGGUAGGAUUCCUGAUUCCUCCAUCCAUUAACGGCACCAAAUCUGGCCUCGCUUCUUCCAAGAAGCCUCUGGUCCGCUGGGUGAGGGUGAAACGUACUCGUGUGCCCAAAGGUUGGAUCCAGGGCCCUCAGGAGGUCAGCAUGGACUUUGAUUAUGCUCUGCUGGAGCUGCGUUGGCCUCACCGGCGUCCCUUCAUGCGCCUCUCUGUGGCUCCCUCCUCUGAUGACCUGGCAGGGAACCGCAUCCACUUCUCUGGUUUCGACAGCGACAGAUCAGGGGAGCUGGUGUACAGAUUCUGUCCUGUGGAAGAAGAGUCCAGCGACCUGAUUUACCAGCACUGUGACGCCCGACCUGGAGCCAGCGGCUCUGGAGUGUACGGACGAGUGUGGGACAACAGUUUAGAGCGCUGGGAGAGAAAAGUCAUCGGCAUUUUCUCUGGACACCAGUGGCUAGAGAUCGAUGGGGAGAACCGGGAUUACAAUGUGGCGGUGCGGAUCACUCCUCUGAAGUUUGCUCAGAUCUGUUACUGGGUGCACGGCAACCGACUAGACUGUGCCCAAAAUUGAGACGGACAAGAGAACAAGUAGGAGGUUUUAAGGCCCUGACACACCAAGCCAACAUGCAAGAACUAGCGGCGAUGAAAGCCCCCUGCUCUGUCAUCUCAUGCUGCUGAGUUUUGGCCAGAAAGUUGCACAUGAACACACCAAACCGACAGCAAGCAAGCACGUAUCUUCUGCACCUGCAUGAGAGGAAAUACCCCUCCAUGCCAGCAGACAGCGGCCGUCUUUAAAGUCCGUGUAAAGUGACAAUUAAAAUGUGUUCUGAGUUUGUCACAUCACAGAAAGAUGUGUUAUUAAACACCAAAUUGACCAAAUUUGAAU